AUGCUCUCCUGGCGUGCACACCGUGCCUUGGUAUUGAGAGGCAUUAGAUACUAUUCCAGGCCAGCGGCUUAUGUUCUACCCCACACAAUUAAACAGCUUUUGGCUUCCUCGCCUGAUAGCGAGAUAAACACAACUCUCACCGGGUUUGUUCGAUCCAUUCGCAAGCAGAAACAUGUCGCAUUUGCCGAUAUAUCUGAUGGGAGUACGCCGUUUCCGCUACAAGCCGUCAUAGAAUCGGAUGGAUUCGAGUCGGAUAUUAUUCACCGAAUCACUUCUGGAUCGAAUCUGAAGCUCACUGGAAAACUCGUAAAGAGUGCUGGAGGUGGGCAAGAGUGGGACUUUGAUGUGAGAGAGGUAGAAAUACUUGGUCACUGUGACCCGGCGGCAUACCCGAUCCAGAAAAAAACUCACACUCAUGAGCACCUCCGAGCAAAUGCCCACUUGCGCCCACGCACAGAUGAGACUUCUUCCAUGCUAAGAACCAGAGCCUUGCUCAAUCGCUCGAUUUGUGACUAUUUUGAUUCUGAACAAUUCAUCCAAGUGCACCCCCCUAUCAUCACAAGCAACGACACAGAGGGAGCUGGAGAAACCUUCCGCGUCAGCCCAACAUCAGAACCCCUCGAGCCUCUCGAGUUGACCGAAUCGAAUAGCAGUACCUCGGAGGCCAAACCAGAGUUCUUUGGUGUCCCCGCGUUCUUAUCCGUAUCCGCACAGCUCCAUCUGGAGGCGCUCGCGCAUUCACUCUCUCGCGUGUAUACGUUAUCACCUUCCUUUCGUGCCGAGCGUUCUCAAACCAACCGGCAUCUAGCUGAAUUUUGGAUGCUUGAGGCUGAGCUACAGCUAGCUACUCCGUCACUGGGUCCCUUACUUGACGUGGUGGAAGGAUUGUUGCGGUCUGUUUUCGACACCUACACUAGGAGCACGGACGCAAUGGUGCGCUUUCCCGAGGCAAAAGCAGCUCGUCAUGCACUAGAAACCGAAUGGAGGCGGGUAACGUAUACUCACGCUCUGGAAGAGCUCAAUCGCGCCCACGACCAAGGCGUGUUCGUCAAGCCAGCAGGGAAGGGAAAGGGAAAGGACAUUGUCCCUAGGCCUAUGUGGGGACAAGGGCUACGGAGCGAGCACGAGAGAUACCUAGCACGCGACAGCCCCGUCUUUGUAACUGACUAUCCAGCCGAUAUUAAGCCGUUUUAUAUGCGACUCAAUGAGGAAAGUACAACGCCCCCAACUGUCGCGUGUUUCGAUCUCUUGCUUCCUGGACUUGGAGAACUUGUUGGAGGGUCUGUGCGUGAAGAGCGUCUCGAUCGUCUGGACGCAGCUCUGAAUCAGCGAGGCAUGGUCAUGGACGAACUUGCAUGGUACAGAGAUUUGAGGUUGUAUGGUGGGGGGCCGCAUGCGGGUUUUGGGCUCGGAUUUGAACGGUUAGUCAGUUUUGUUACCGGGCUAGAAAAUGUACGCGAGUGUAUUGCCUUCCCCAGAGCUUUUGGCAAAAUGAAAGUGUAA